AGCGAGCCGGGGCCGGCCGUGAGUGGAGNGCUGGUGGCCGUGGCUUUGGGCAUCAGCAUGGCCAAGGCCUCGCUGCCGCUGAGGGACGCGGCCAAGCUGGCGGUGGCCGUGUGCCUGAUGAUCCCGCUGGGAAUCGGCGUCGGGAUGGGCAUCGAGAGCAGCCGCAACGCCGCGGGCAGCGUGGCGUCCCUGCUGCUGCAGGGCGUCGCCGGCGGCACCUUCCUCUUCAUCACCUUCUUCGAGAUCCUGGCCAAGGAGCUGGAGGACAAGAGCCACCGGCUGCUCAAGGUGCUGUGCCUGGUGCUGGGCUACGCCGCGCUGGCCGGGCUGGUGCUCAUCCCCUGGUGAGCCGGGAGCCUCGGGAAGCCGAGGGAGCAAAGCUCGCCUCUCCCCUCCCACCGGCGCCGGGAGGAGCCGCCCCUUUCGCCGCUGGAACGGCCGGAGCCGGGCGGUGUUUCCGUGAGGACCUGGAGGAGGAGAAACUCCUCCCGUGUGUUCAGAGUGAGGAAUAUCCCGAGGGAUCGUCCCUGCCCGAGGGACUGCGGGGAUUAGCGGACACAGACGUUAAGGAUCUGGGUGAAAUGUGCUUCCAGGAGCUCCUCCAGUGCCUGUGGCUUCCUGCACUGCCCAGAGCCCACCCCGCUCUCCCUCCUUCCCCUCGGGCCGGGAGCCUGCUGCGGGGGCUCCGAGGAGGUGAGGAACAAGCGGGAAUGGAGGCAGAGCAGGUGGGAGCAGGGAUUGCCAGGCUGCGCUAAGCUGCUUUCGCUGGCUUAGUUCAGAGCAAAACCUGGUUGUAAGAGCUGCCAAAAAUAACAUCCCUGUGGGGCUCCAGCCUUCUGGGCCCUGCUGCCUCCACACAGCUUCCAGUGGCCCACCUGGAGCUCGGGGAGCUCAGCUUUCCCAGGGAUUCAUGGAAGAAACGAGGCCGGGCCCCUCUACCCUGCUUCCUUCUCAGCUUGGUCUCCACAGGCUGAGCGUUCCCUAAGGGAAACCUCUGAGAAUCAGGAUGAAUCCCAGGAUGGUUUGGGUUGGGAGGGACCUUAAAGCCCAUCCAGUGCCAUGGCAGGGACACCUUCCACUAUCCCAGAUUGCUGCAAACCCUGUCCAGCCUGGCCUUGGACACUUGCAGGGAUGGAACAGAUCCUUGCGUUAUCCAGAGCCUGGGAUCCAUGAGCUCGCAGCAAACGGGCAGUGGCAAUUUCCAGCACUGAUAUUUUGGGGCACACUCUGGUGUUUUCAGUGCUCUGCAGUCCUGGGGGCUGAGCAGUUCCCAUCAGGGGCUGCUCGGAGCUUCUCCAGGUUUCCAAAGGAAUGGAAUGGCCUCCCUUGGCGGGGAGCGGAGCCGCUGCUGGGAAACACGAGCAGCUCUCAGCAGCCGCAGAGCCCCAGGGAAGCUCCGUGUGCCGCCGAUCCCGCCGGAUUUACCCUCGGCAGCAAGGAGCUGGGAUCAGAGGCUGGAGCUGGGAAUGUGCUCCUCCCCAGCCGUGCAACACAGCCUGGCUCAGGCAGGGGCUGCAUUUUAAUUACCCGGAGCCUUCGCUCCUGCAGCAGCUUCCGCCGGGCUCCUGGAAGCGCUGAUGGAAUUAUAAGGAUGGCGCAGUGCCGGCAGCGGGAAGGAGGCUCGGAGCCUCCGCGGUGGCCCAGCUGCAGCAUAUGGAGGCAGCUGAGCAUCAUCUGACAGAUCCUGGGGCUCGUUAGUUUAAUUGCUGCAACAUCCCCGAGUCAAUUAAUCUUCCUUUGAAAACCUGGAGUGGAGAGGGGGGGGCGAGGCGGAGGGAGGUUAUUUUGGGCCUGGCAUGACACAAACCAGCAGGAUGAGAAGAACGUGAUUUGCUUCGGCGUGGUAAAGCCUCAGGGCUCUGUCACCUCCCCUGAGGGGUGACCUCUCUCCUGGGGGGGGAUGAGGGGGAGAGGUGACACGGUGCUGAGUGUCCCCUGUUGGGCUGUCACCUCCGUUUCGCACCCUCCUGCUGCUGCACUUUGGGAUCGGGGAGGGCUGUGAAGCGCCUGGGGGUGCUGAGCUCCCCCAUCCUCAUCCCGCCGCCUUUGGGAGGGGGUUCAUCCACAGGAUCAUCCCGUGCUCCGGGCUGGAGGAGGAGGAGGAGGAGGCCCUGCUGCUCCCAAUAAAUUCCCUGCCCUUCUCCCCU